AUGCCUCUUUGUUGGCGUUUUUCAGUCAUCAUCGACACCUACGGCGGCUGGGGCGCGCACGGCGGCGGCGCGUUCAGCGGCAAGGACCCCACCAAGGUGGACCGCUCGGGCGCCUACAUCGCCCGCCAGGCAGCCAAGAGCGUGGUCGCCGCCGGCCUCGCGCGCCGCUGCCUGGUCCAGGUCUCCUACUCCAUCGGCGUGGCGGAGCCCCUCUCCGUGUUUGUGGACACCUACGGCACCGGCAAGGUGGCCGACAAGGACAUCCUCGCGGCCAUCAAGAAGGCCUUCGACUUCAGGCCCGGGAUGAUCGCCAAGAACCUGGACCUCAUGCGCGGCGGCAACAAGCGCUUCCAGAAGACGGCCGCCUACGGCCACUUCGGCCGCGACGACCCCGACUUCACCUGGGAGACGGUGAAGAAGCUGGAGGUCCCCACCGCCUAG